AAAACCUAAUUGCGAGUAGCCGGUAGAAUGUCUGAAACUGAUCUAAGAAAAUUUCCAUCUCUGUCACAGAUGAAAAAUUCUUACCUCAGCCCAGAUUCGAACACCCGUCCUCUGGCUAUGUAGCCCAACGCUCUACCACUGAGACACAUAGACGAAUUACUGAAUAUUUUUUGAAACGAGUUGGUUAGAAGAUUCUGUGGAGGGUUUACGAAAAGGCUUAUAGCAAAAUUGUUAGUAAAACCUCCAAAAGAGUUUAAGAAGUCAUUUUGUACGAACGCCUUCCACCAUCCUCCUAUAAUUUCCACCACUUCCUAGCGUUCACGCGAGCUCAAAACGGCGAUUUUUUCAUUACGUAUCAUUUUGUUUAUAGCAAGACAAUGAUACAACACCUUCGCGUUGAUCGCGUAUGUCGACGGGCAGGUUUGGUUAUCAUCAUCGGCUCAAAGUAUUCAUUUUAAUUAAUGCUUUUUUAGCCAAUGCUUCCUGAUGACUGUUUAUCUAAAGCUUAUGAAAUGGACGAAAUUUGGCACCGUUAACCGUCGGCCGAUCUAGUCAUAAAAGUUGAUUCUGAAUUUUAGGGUGCAGAGGUGAGUAUGAGUGGCCGUCGUUCACAGCUAUCUCUCCAGAUCUGGCACCACAUCACUCUUAGUUUCAAGAAAAUCAAAAUGACAUCUAAGAAAGUUCAUGGUAAUUGUCACUUAUUUCUUGUUUAUAUAGUCUAUCACUGAUGAUAGCGAAAUAUUUUAAAAGUGGUUAAACGAGAAAUUAGGUAAUCAAAUGUGCGGUUUUGUGAUUCGCAAAUCAUUUGUUUACCGCUCUACUACCUUAUUUUUUACUAGGUCCCGCAUACUCGUAACAGUGCUACAUCAUAGUGAAGACAUAACUCAUUAACUCCAUCAUCAAUGUAAUGUGAAAAAACAUUGAUUCAGUUUUCACACGUUGGCUUAUCUUCUUCACCCUUCUCAAGAUCUAAGGUGUGUCGCUUGUAUAUUUUUUGGAUCAAAUCCAACGUUAAUUGGAGAAGUUAAUGUUGUAAUAAUCAAAGAAGGCUAACUGAAAAUCUUCUUUGGCGCUUCAGUUGGUGGUCGGAACCCAAAACUUGAUAUUGUUCUAUUUUUUAAAUUUAUUUUUGAAUUUUUCAGCACCAGUUAUAAUUCAUAUACAAAACUAUACCCCGCAAAUUUAGAGUUUCACUCAAUAACGCUACUUCGUGGAACACAAAGUAAGUGAAUCGACUGUUCAUUUUUUUGCAAGGAGAAAGUGAGUUCACCAUAAAUAGUGAAAGAUUGCCCAGGGGAUUUUCAUCUAAAAUCGCUUACAGAAUGCGCCUUUAUUUCCUGCCGCAGAUCUUUUCGUCAACUGCAGUCGCGUCGUUUUGUUUUUUAAAUGGACCGGAACUCACUUAUUUAUCAAUCUUGAUUCCGUAUUUUUCUAAAACUAACGACACGCAGGUUGAGCAAUCGUUCGCUAUGAGCGACAAUCAGAAAUCAUGGUUGUGGAUGGAAGAUAAAAAACCACAAACUGGUGUUUCGAAGGUCUUAGUCCGCAACGAAUAAAUCAAAAGAGAUGACUGCAAAAACCAAAAGGGUGCUAAAAAAAUGUCUCCUAAGAUGACCAAUUUCAAGAAAAAAUACGUAGAGGAGAAGGCCCUUAAAAGGAUUUGUAAGAACAAAUGGUAGGAUUUACAGAAAAACUUGACUUUCCAGGAACAUCACCAAAAGAAUCCGAAGAAGAUUCGUAAAGGCAGGUUUCAGCCAAGCUUUUGAAACGAAAUGGUAAGAAGAUUCUGUAGAGGGUUUACGGAAAGGCAAAAUUGCUAGGAAAUUGCUAAGAAGUAACUUGUACCAUUGCCUUCCACAAUUUUCUUAUAUUUCCACACUAGCGUUCACGCCAGCCCAAAAGGGUGUUUUUUUUUUCAUUAUUGGUCAUUUUAUUUGGGUGGGUGCAGUUACAUGAUUGGAGGAAGCGUGGUCUUUUGAUUUGAGUGUAGUUUUGUUUGAAAGUACUGGUCGACCAAAAAAUCACAAAAUCUAAAUUUGUUGCUUGCGUUUUUAAUCUAAGUGAGGGGUCUCUAGAAGUAGUGGCGUUUUUUGAGAAUCUAUCGUCCAGUUUCUUUGUCAUAAAUUAGGGAUCGCUUAUUGAAAUCCAAAGCUAGUAUUAAAUAUCAGUGGCCGCCAUUGAGCAUUAUCGGGUAUUUAGACCUCUAUCGAGAAUUAAUGAUAACGAAUGCAGAGGCGAAAUGAUCUAACUGGCACACUUAGCUUCAAGAACAUGCAAAUAAGCUCUAAGAAAGUUUAUGAUAAUUAUCACUAAUUUAUUGUUUAUAUAGUCUAUCUCUGAUAGCGAAAUCUUUACAAAGUAGUAAAAUGAGAAAUUAGGUAAUCAAUUGUGCGGUUUUGUGAUUCUCAAAUCAGUGAUUUGCUGCUCUACUUUCUUAUUUUUCACGAGGUCUCGCAUAGUCGUAAUAGUGCUACAUCAUAGUGAAGACUGUAAGUAUACGAUAUCGUAAUAGCAUUUUCAGAGGCAAAAACAAAAUUAUCUAUUUUAAAUUGGCAAAAUUACAGUUAACUUUAGUUAUAAAAAACACUAAAAUCAUGUGGUUUCAGCUCUCAUAGCGAUGACUAUUCUCAUUAACUGCAUUAUCAAUGCACAUUCCUACCUUUGACAUUCAUGUGAAGCAACAGAUUUAGUUUUCACACGUUGCCGUAUCUUCUUCACUCUUCUCAAUAUCUAAGUUGUGCCGAUUGUUCAUCUAUCUUGGAUCAAAUCCAACGUUAGUUGGAGAAGUUAAUGUUAUACCCUGUUUCGUGCGUAGAAAAUAAUCAAAGAAGGCUAACUGAAAAUCCUCUUUGGCGCUCUAAUUGGCGCUCGAAACCCAAAACUCUUGAUAUUUUGUAUUUUUCAGCACCACUCAUAAUUCAUAUACAAAACUAUACUCCACAAAGUCUUUUUUGUACGGAGAAAGUCUAGGAGAAAGUGGUCUGAGUGCAGCAUUCGACCAGGGGCUUUUCAUCUAAAAUCGCUUACAGAAUGCGCCUUUAUUUCCUGCCGCAGAUCCUUUCGUCAAUUGCAGUCGCGUCGUUUUGUUUUUUAAAUGGUCUGGAACUCAGUUACUUAUCAAUCUUGAUUCCUUAUUUUUCUAAAACUAACGACACGCAGGUUGAGGAAUCGUUCACUAUGAGCGACAACGAGAAAUCAUGGUUGUUAUCUAUUGGUUCAAUAGUUAAGCCGCUAGGCUGCAUUCUGGCGGGAUUAGUUAUAGACCAUAUCGGGAGGUUAAACACGCUGAGAGUUGCGAUGUUGCCAUGGUCAAUUGGAUGGUUAAUAAUCGCGAAUGCGUCGAGUUUCCUGAUAAUUGGGACAGGAUACACGAUUUUAAUUUUCUCUUUUCCAUGGCUAGUGAUCACUGCCGUCACGUAUAUUACCGAAAUUAGUUCACCUAGCGUAAGAGGUAUGCUGGUAAACCUUAAAACCAUCUUCUGGGGUUUGGGAAGCAUGGCCACGUUUUUACUAGGUGCUUUUCUUCAUUGGCGAACUAUAGCUUGGAUAAACUGCUUAUUGCCACUUGGACCGCUGAUUCUAUCACUGUUACUUAAAGAGAGUAUGCUGUGGCUUGUAACUAGAGGACGUUUUGACGAAGCAAAGAAGUCGCUGGUGUAUUUUAAUCGAUAUCGAAGCACAUCAAAAGAUGAAAACUUUGAAAGCGUGAUUGAUCGUAAGCUACUUAUGAUCCAAACACUCCACGAUCGAUAUCGAUCAACUAAUUUAAACCUACUUCAGCAAAUGAAAUUCUUCCUUCAACCCUCCGGGUACAAGAGAGUACUCAUGGUUGCUGGUUUAGACUUCUUCCACACCCUUGCAGGAUCAAUUAUAGUGUUUAGCAACAUUAUAAUUUUCUUCAAUGGUUUCAGUACUACGAUAAAUCCGUACGCUGUUGGCAUUUAUUUAGGAUUGACUAAGUUGGUCAUGACAUUUUGUAACACCUGGUUGUUAAAAACCUUUAGGUUUCGAUUGAUUUUAAUCGCAAGUUACCUAAUUAUCUCCGGGUGCCUGCUAACUUUCGGACUAUACAUGGACUUCAAUCCAAAAGUUCAAUAGUAGCGGGUCCAUAUUCUGUUGCUGUCGUAAUUACUCCAUCAAUUUACCCCACUCACAUACGUGGAACAGGCCAGUCGCUCUCAAGCAUCUUAGGCCACAUGCUCGAGUUUUUUGCCAUACAGUCCUAUUACGCGAUCAAAAAGGUUGUAAAGCACUCUCAUAUCAUGUACUUUAUGUCAUUUUCUUCGCUAAUAGCAUGCGCAUAUAUUUACAGUUGGGUCGUGGAAACUCGUCAAAAAACCUUUUUGGAAAUUGAAGAUCAUUUCGUCAAAAACGAUAAUAAGAGCAGUCUGCGGUCUGUAGAGGAACGAGACUCUUGAAACAAAUUGUGGGUAUAUUUGCGCAUUCGCUAUAAUCGUUGAUAAAUAAUGUAAUACUAGA